UGGCAAAAAACGGCUACAGCGCGCCUAUUCAUGAGCAUUGACGCCAGAUAAUGCUAGCUCGCAUCAAUGCCAGCGCUUUCAACGCGCUCCGCUGCCGUGCAGUCCGACCAAUCACGCUGCAGGGCAGCACUCGACUCCAAAGCAGCACAGGAGGAGACGACGCCGCCGACGCGUGGACCUGGAAGCCGCCGGCGACGAAGAAGGAGAAAAGCGGCAAAACGCGAGCGCGGCGCGCUCCGACAACUGAGCCGCUCGACGCCAAAACCGUCGCAACGCUCCUCGAAGCCGAGGGCGCCGUCGACGUCACGACCCUACGGCCGCGCAACGUCGACUUGUGCGACGCGAUGGUCCUCGCGUCGGCGCGGUCGCAGCGGCACCUCCGCGCGCUGGCCGACGCGCUGCUCGUCGAGGCGAAGCGGCGACCGGGCCCGAGGCCACGCGCCGAGGGCCACCAGCGCGGCGCGGGCGACGACUGGGUCUGCGUGGAUCUGGAUCGCGUCGUCGUCCAGCUGCUGAGCGAGGAGGCGCGCGAGCGGCUCGGGCUCGAGGACCUGCACACCGGCGCGUGGGACCCACAGCUCGACGACAUCGAGGACGUCCCCUGGCGCAACUACGUCGAGGGGGAGCCGCUGCCACCAGAUAGGUAACAC